AUGCAGCGCAGCCGCUACCCAUCCAACGCCACCGAGACCAAGCUGAUGGCUGCCACCCUGAGCCAGCUGUAUUGGUCUGCCGUCCACUCGGACUAUACCGCUGAAGAGCGAGAGAUGUGCUGGGCUUUGAUUUUGGCCUUGCCUAGCAUGUUGUUGUCUGCUCCCUCGACCGCACUGUCUACGAUUGACCUGCGCAAUAUGUUUCACGAUCGUCUCCGUUGGCUUGUGACGGGGCAACUAGGUCGGGUCGUGGACGCCAUGCGCAAGGCAGUCGCACGCAAGCAGAGCCGUCGAGGACAGCUGAACGCCGGCGCGGGCGCCCACCCGAACGACGCAGUCGACCAGAGCCUCAGGUCACUCGUCCGCGACCCGGACCUGGCGGACGAAGCCUGGGCAAACCACGUCACGAACCGUCUGAACCGAGGUCAGAUUGCCAAAGCAUUUGAUGCCGAUAAGGCUCGUGCCGUGAUUGGUAAUUCUGAGGUUCAGGCCGUGCGCGACCUCUUGGUACCGCCCGGGCUGACCCCGUACAUUGCUUCGACACCCACCUCCACGUCUACACUGGCACCAGCCACGGCUGCGAGCUCCCCAACCGUGUCCUUCACCAAGGGCGAGCUCCCCAAGGCGUUGGCGGCCACCAAGGGUGUCACCGACCCCUAUGGUUGGUCUGGUGAGCUUCUUGCCUCCAUCUACCGCAUCAAGGAGCACUUCAGUCAGGUCUUGGGCCCACGCCAGGGUUCUACCAGCAACCCGACUGCUCCUCCUGAUGGAGACGCGCCUCAGUGCCCCACCACCGCCACUGGAGGUCCUCAGGUUGCCUUGAACAAGAUCUUUCACCACAUUGCCAACAACACCGUGCCCGAGUCGAUUCGACAUGCCCUUUGCUCCAUCAACUACACUAUCCUGGAGAAGGCCAAUGGCAAGUUUCGACCCGUGGGCACGGAUUCCAUCUUCAACAAGGUUGUCAACCGCGCUCUGCUCGAGCAGCAGCAGCCCCAUAUUGCCCACUUGCUACAGGCCAGUCCAGAGCUGGCGUCGGAGUCAAGGACGGCAUUUCAGCAGCGCACUGACUACCGCUGCAAGAUCAUCAAAUACCUCGACGACAUUGUACUGAUGGGUCCCGCGGAGGACGUGGCGGCCGACGUGGAGAUUGUCAAGGCUCGUGCAGAGUCUGCUGGCCUUCAUCUGCAGCCCAGUAAGAGCCGCUUCUACAUGCCUCGCCACCAUCCCGCUUCCAUCACUGCUAUCAAGUCUGUAUUGCCAGAUGCCAUGCGCGAUACGGCCAACACGGGCAUGACGGUCUUGGGAACGCCGAUUGGCCGUCGCGAGUGGAUGAAGAAGCAGCUGAACGACAAGGCAAAGCACAUUGCUGGCAAGCUCAAUGACAUGCUGACGACCGGUGUCUCGCUUCAGGCCCUCCUCACAGCCAUGCAGUACGUGCCUAGCCUCAUCAACCACCUCUACACGCUGCCCCCAAGUCUCACGUCGGGCUUGUCCGAGCUCUUGAACCGUGCUUGCAAGGACACCUUUGUCAAAGCCUUUUUUGCCAAGGUAAACCUGUCUGCACCGGCUGGAGCUGAAGGUCAUGACGUUACGCUGGAACAGCUCCUUGAGGCUCGCCUCUUCACGCGGGCCAACACCGGGGGCUUUGGCCUGCACGACUUGGUUGAGCGCGGUCCGGUGGCUUAUGUCUGCAACAUGGCCAAGCUGGCCACUCGCUACCCUCGGGUCUACGAUCGACUUUUGGAGGAUGCAUCGAGGGCUGCCGACUUUGAGGCCCACGUGCAGCGAGCUGGCUUCCAGAUGGCCACGGUCAAGGACGCGGCGACCCAGCGACCAGCGGAGAUCAUUGCCCUCCGCUCCAAGGCGGCACUGGACGACCUGAUGGCCAAGUGUGCGCUGGACCUGCAGCAGGCAUAUCUGGCCUCACGCGAGUGGGGCGUUGCCUUGAACAAGAUCUUUCACCACAUUGCCAACAACACCGUGCCCGAGUCGAUUCGACAUGCCCUUUGCUCCAUCAACUACACUAUCCUGGAGAAGGCCAAUGGCAAGUUUCGACCCGUGGGCACGGAUUCCAUCUUCAACAAGGUUGUCAACCGCGCUCUGCUCGAGCAGCAGCAGCCCCAUAUUGCCCACUUGCUACAGGCCAGUCCAGAGCUGGCUGUCGGAGUCAAGGACGGCAUUUCAGCAGCGGUUGGCAUGGCCUUUGGUGAGCUUCAAGCCUGUGAGUCUACCCCGGGCUGGACCAUGCUCUCCCUCGAUUUCAAGAGUGCCUUCAACUACACCGACCGAGCACGGCUGCACGAGAUUGUGGCCGACAAGGUCCCUGGCCUCUUGCGCGCCUUUGAACGACACUAUGCUCGACCCACUACCCACUGCAUUGUCGACAAGUUCUUCAAGGUGAUUGACAUUGAUGUUGGCCAAGGCAUUGUGCAGGGCAACGAGCUAUCGCCCUUCUUCUUUGCCCUGUACUCCUGGGUGGGCGCGCGGAGUGCGGUGGAGCGAGGAGGGGAGUCGCUUUCAUCCGAAGACAUGGUCAAAACAUCCGAUGGGCCUCGCAUCAGUGUCUGCGAGCUGCUCAAGCUCGCCCGGCAUCCACUGAUGCAGCGCAGCCGCUACCCAUCCAACGCCACCGAGACCAAGCUGGUGGCUGCCACCUUGAGCCAGCUGUAUUGGUCUGCCGUCCACUCGGACUAUACCGCUGAAGAGCGAGAGAUGUGCUGGGCUUUGAUUUUGGCCUUGCCUAGCAUGUUGUUGUCUGCUCCCUCGACCGCACUGUCUACGAUUGACCUGCGCAAUAUGUUUCACGAUCGUCUCCGUUGGCUUGUGACGGGGCAACUAGGUCGGGUCGUGGACGCCAUGCGCAAGGCAGUCGCACGCAAGCAGAGCCGUCGAGGACAGCUGAACGCCGGCGCGGGCGCCCACCCGAACGACGCAGUCGACCAGAGCCUCAGAUCACUCGUCCGCGACCCGGACCUGGCGGACGAAGCCUGGGCAAACCACGUCACGAACCGUCUGAACCGAGGUCAGAUUGCCAAAGCAUUUGAUGCCGACAAGGCUCGUGCCGUGAUUGGUAAUUCUGAGGUUCAGGCCGUGCGCGACCUCUUGGUACCGCCCGGGCUGACCCCGUACAUUGCUUCGACACCCGCCUCCACGUCUACACUGGCACCAGCCACGGCUGCGAGCUCCCCAACCGUGUCCUUCACCAAGGGUGAGCUCCCCAAGGCGUUGGCGGCCACCAAGGGUGUCACUGACCCCUAUGGUUGGUCUGGUGAGCUUCUUGCCUCCAUUUACCGCAUCAAGGAGCACUUCAGUCAAGCCCUCCUCACGGCCAUGCAGUACGUGCCUAGCCUCAUCAACCACCUCUACACGCUGCCCCCAAGUCUCACGUCGGGCUUGUCCGAGCUCUUGAACCGUGCUUGCAAGGACACCUUUGUCAAAGCCUUUUUUGCCAAGGUAAACCUGUCUGCACCGGCUGGAGCUGAAGGUCAUGACGUUACGCUGGAACAGCUCCUUGAGGCUCGCCUCUUCACACGGGCCAACACCGGGGGCUUUGGCCUGCACGACUUGAUUGAGCGCGGUCCGGUGGCUUAUGUCUGCAACAUGGCCAAGCUGGCCACUCACUACCCUCGGGUCUACGAUCGACUUUUGGAGGAUGAAUCGAGGGCUGCUGACUUUGAGGCCCACGUGCAGCGAGCCGGCUUCCAGAUGGCCACGGUCAAGGACGCGGGGACUCAGCGACCAGCUGAGAUCAUUGCCCUCCGCUCCAAGGCGGCACUGGACGACCUGAUGGCCAAGUGCGCGCUGGACCUGCAGCAGGCAUAUCUGGCCUCACGUGAGUGGGGCGUCAGCACUGUCUUGACCAUGCGGGGUCGGGACAAGUUGCGUCGCUUGAGCGACACGACCUUUGCCAUUGCGGUCGUGUCCAUGAUGGGUUUUAUUAGAGGCACAAUCUGA